AUUAAUUUCCUCCAGUCGAAUAUGAUAUCAAAACCACCAAGACAACAGACUGUUAGCCUUAAAGCAGUAAGGUAUAGCUCAACUCCUCAGUCAGAGUCAACUGAUGAUACCUAUUCAGGGCCUGAAAAUGUCGAAGAUUACUGUAAAACUCAUGGCACAAAAUACUGACUAGACAAGCAAGAUAAUUGCUUGAGCCUUUUCAGCAGAAUUUUUAUCGAAAAUGCCACUCAGAAUCAAGAACGAGUCAAGGCAAUAUUCACUUCUAAUGAUAAAGGUAUCAUGAAUGUCAUUCAAAUGCUGAAGUGCAACCUAUGUCAUGACAUUCUUCAAGCAUCUUCUAUAGUUUGAGACUCUUGUAAGUUAUGUUAUUGAGUAGAGUGCCAGGAAAAUUAUGUCAUCGAGACCAACUCCAACUGCCUGAAUGAAUGCUCCGGAGAGUUCUCAGAUCUACACGAUGAGAACCAGAAAUUCUUACUAAAAUGUCUCAAAUUCAAAUGAGAGAAUGCCCAGAAAGGUUGAGAGUCCUCAUUUAAAACCCUGAAGGAUCUUAAAUAAGCAUGAAGAAAGAUGAGACUUUUCAUUCAGAACUUGACAAUACUGAUAUAAAAAGAAGAUCAUGAAAAAGAACCUCCAAAACCACUUAGUUUCUAAUUGCAAAAUUGCUCGAAAAUGCCAGAAUUUCCCAAAAUGUGCUUAUAUAGGAACCAGAGACCAAGUAGAGACCCAUCAGGAAGAUGACUGAGCAUUUACUGAGAUUUAUUGCACAACUUGCCUAAAAACUAUAUUGAGAAGGGAUAAGGAUACUCAUUCCUGAAUCGAAACCCUUCGGACACUUCUUUGAGAAAAACAGAACUUUUUAGAUAAAAAGACAUCAAAAUUGUCUAAAAUUACUGAAGAAAAUAGUAAGCUCCGGAUAAUGCUGGAAAAUAUGAAAAAGACCCUCCUUGAGAAAUGAGAGUACGAAGGGAAGCUUAAAAGAGAGAUCAAGCGUGUUACCAAAGAAAGUAUGAAACUCACUUCACCAAAGAAAUCUUGCUCGAAAGGUUCUGAUCUAGUUACAAAGCGUCAGAGGACAGUAGAUCAAGCAUCACCAAGCCGACUGAAGAGAACUACAAGAGGGAGGAAUUGUUAAAUCUAGCAUCCUUGAGUCCUCAUAAUUUAAGAUGACAAGGUGAUCACACCUUGUCAGGGCGUAACUACAUCAAUUCUUUAAAAAAUUAUC